AUGUCGCUUAGAGCCUCACCAGCGGCAUCAUCAGCUCGAACAAUGACACCAACACUUAAACAAUACAAAUUAGAAGACGCGGAAGAUUCGCAAUCUGAUGAAUCAGAAAUAGAAGUUUGCGUAGAUACAAUUUUCGUUCCUGAUACUGAAGAUUUGUGCUGCCAAAUGCUUCAGUCAAAGUAUCUCAAACAGAAAUACAUGGGUUUAUGGAAAAUUAAGCUCGCAUCACGCUCUACACCUGUUUUUGAUAAAGAUGAGUUCGAAUCAAUCAAAGAACAAUCAAAUAGAAACGCUAGUGUUCAACAAAGACACCAGAGACAUAAAUUCUUAUCACAAUACUCAAAUAUUGCCCGCAUUUCCUUAGAUAAAUUAUUAUUAUCAAGAUUAUUCUCGAGAUGGCUUUCAAGAUUUGAACAAAUUCGUAUUAAAAAGAUUCAAGAAGGAUUUGCCGAGACAUUCAGCCAACGUCGCAUGAAAGAAAAGGCACUUCAUAAGCUUAGAACUUCAUUUAUGCGAACUGUUGAUAAUGCUUAUGAUGAAGCAUCACGAGAUGCAUCACAAGUACAACCAAACAACAGAAUCAAGGAAUUAAUUGCCGAAUUAGAUAGAACUACGAAAGAAAAUAUAGAUUUACAAAAUGAAAUAGAUGUUAAAACAGAAAGACUCAAAGAACUUCAGUCUCAACUCCAGGAUAUUACUGAUGAUGACAGAGAGGCUGAAAAGCGUUUACAACAGGUUCAAUCCCAAACUGAUUCAAUUCAGGCUUCAUUAGUCGAAACAGAGCGAAAAUACCAAGAAGAAAUUGCUACAUUGAGGACCCAGCUUUCUCUUGUCAAAGCUGGCAACAAUGAAGAACUUGAAAGAAUUAAACAAGAAGUUGACCAACAAAAUGCCGAUAGAAUGGCUGCAUCAGCAUUUGUUGAUGCUGCAAUGGCAUCCGCACAAGCUGAGUUUGAAGAACAAUCAGAAAAAUUGAAAGCUGCAGAAAAUAUCGUUAAAAAUUUCCAAGAACUCUUACAAGCUGCUAAAGAUAGAGCAGACAAGUUAGAGCAGAGCCGUAAGAAGAUGGCAGCUGACCUCGAAAGCCUGAAAAUCAGAAAGAAACAUUUAGAAGUUUCUAAAGCUUCUUCUUUGAACCUUGCACAAGAGAAGGAAGACAGAAUUAAGGAAAGACUAUCAAAGGCCAAGGAAGACCUCACAAUUGCAAUGAAUAAAGUUGAAGUUCAAAAUGAACAGAUCCAAAGCCAGAGAGAUGAAAUUAGAAUGCUUCAGGAUCAGAUCCAGAAGACAAAGGCACAAACGGAACAGCUCAGAAUGAAGUUUAUUGGUAAUUAA